UGCUGAGUGUGUUGUUGUGGUUGUGGGAGAACAGGGCUGCUCAGGUGAGCCCAGCCAAUCGGGACCAACCAUAGCAGGUCUCAGUGAAAUGUGGUAAAACCUGUAGGGACAGAAAGGCUGAGUUCACUGACAGAUAUAGAAACACACGCACGGAAUCACUGACGUGGAGGAGGGCCACUGCAAAGGACCUGUUCACCGGGAGUGAAAACUAGAGACCAUUACCUUUAUGCGUUUCCCUACUCUGGAACCUGUUUCAGUCUUGCUGCUGUAGUGAAGCCCAUGGGAUCUUACACGGAACGCAGGGACCAGUACGUGCUCAAUAGGGGCCCAGACGGCACGAAACCUAACUUUCAGGACAUGGAGCUGAGAGAGGAGUGGCAGGAUGAAGAGUUUCCCAGACCACUACCGGAAGAUUCUCAUGGCCCAGAGGAUGAGCUGGAGACUUCUGCAGCUGAUAGAGGCAGACCUGUCCCUCCCAGCAGCCUGGCACUCUCUGGAGGCCAGCCCAGGAAGAAACGCCUGCUGGCCCCCACGCUGAGCCUGGGCCUGGACCAGAGUGACUCGGUGAUCUCAGACGAGUUUGCGGCCGCCGCCCUGUCCACCUCUCCUGAGGACGACACGGAGCUGGACAUAAACCUGGAGGCCCUGGAGACGCCCUCCGACAGCGAGUCGUGCAACUUCCCCGACAGCGCGCACGAACUGGAGUGGGAGGAUGACCUGCCUCGAAUGGGCCGGGAGGAGGAAGGGAAGGUCAGCACGCCUGUGACCGACCAGGUGGAGAUGGACCUGGACCAGGUGGACGGGGAGGGCCGGAAGUGGCGGCGGUUCCGGAUCGCUGGGCAGGAGCUCAACGUCAACAUGAGUGUCCUGGAGCCAUACCUCCAGGUGCUGUCCCAUGGCGGUUACUAUGGGGACGGCAUGAACGCCAUCAUUGUGUUUUCCUCCUGUUACCUCCCAGAUAACUCCACUGAGAACUAUGCGUAUGUCAUGGACAAUCUCUUCAGGUACAUUGUGGGGACCCUGGACCUGAUGGUGGCGGAGAACUACAUCAUGGUGUACCUUUGCGGCAUGGCCCCUCGAAGCAAGAUGCCUCCCAUUAAGUGGCUACGCGAGUGCUACCUCACUGUGAACAGGAGGUUGAAGAAGGAUCUGAAAGGAAUGUUUGUUGUUCACCCUACCUGGUAUAUCAAAGCGCUGAUCACCAUCGUCAAGCCUUUCAUAAGUGUGAAGUUCAGCCGGAAGGUGCGCUUCAUUAACAGCCUGCUGGAACUCCAGCAGUUCAUCCCAAUGGAGCAUGUGCAGAUCCCGGACUGCAUCCGACAGUUUGACAAGACGACGAAUAGGUGAAUCGUCCUCAUUAUCUCCCUGUAAUUCAUGUACAUAAGGACCAGAGAGUUGGGAAGAAGUCUGGGCGAGGCUGGGAAAUCAAGUGCAAGCAUCCAGGCUGGCAGAGGGGGGUCACUGUUUCACGGCACCAAUGGCUGCGUUGUACAGUAUAGGCAGGUUAAAUAGUGGCUUAAGGGACAGUGUGUGAUUACACUUACCAGUUAUUUGGUGCAAGGGAGGUCUGUUCAGGUAUAUUACAUAAUGAUGCCACUCAAUACCACAAGAUAACCCAGGCAAACCCUAUUCAUGGGUAUUAGCUAGCCCUGGUUAUCAAUCUAUGAUAGUGUUGAUCAAGGGUCUCAACACUGUCAGGAAGUUCAGUACUGGUAAUACACAUAUUUUCAUGAACAUUGGGAAAGAAAAGUUUUGUCCGAACAGGCUCUAAUAAUGCAAUGCUUUUCCAGUCACGGGCUGAUUGGCAUUUCAUAACGAGCUCGUUCUCACAGCACAACACACACCUCAUCGUCAAACAUCACAGAACAGAACAGACCCCCCCCCCCCUCCCCAUGAGGAGGAAUUGCAUGACAUCAGCACUGUUACAUAACUUCAGCCAGAUUUAUGGGUGUGAUAUCACUGCUAAAAUCAAUGGGCAUGCCUAAUUACUGGUUGAGUGAGCAUUGUGAGCUAUUAUUGGGCAAAAGGACUGUUAUAAGGCAAACUGUCUCAAACAAAAACACUAUUUAUUCUGGCACUAACUCUGCAAGUGUCAUGACUACCUUGCCUUUGUGAUUUAAUUCAUGCUUGGAUUUAUUUUGUUUGUAUUGUCUUCUUCAAAAAAAUACAUUGUAUCAUAUUUUGACUUUAAAACAUGUUUUAUUAUUAAAAAACUUGUAUAUGAAA